CACACAGCACCGACAAACCAAAGCAAAAGAAUAUUUGGAACUCAAACUCAGUCGUUUUGAUCGGUGGAAGAAGGAUAUGGUGUGCUAGAAGCCCUCUCAACUUGAUCCCGAUCUUGAUCAUCAUCACUUGAUGGACGGUCCCGAUGAGGAUGCUGCUGUUCCCCCGUCUUCUGAGGUAUCAUGCUCCAUUUGCCUCGAUUUGGUCUCCGAUACCGGAGGCAGAUCCUGGGCUAAGCUUCACUGUGGUCAUCAAUUCCAUCUAGAUUGCAUUGGUUCAGCAUUUAAUAUGAAGGGGGCUAUGCAAUGCCCAAAUUGCCGGAAGGUUGAAAAAGGUCAGUGGCUGUAUGCAAGGGGAUCCACCCAAUCACUUCCUGAGCUAACCAUGGAGGAGUGGAGUGUUGAGGAGGAGUAUUAUGAUCCUGUUUAUUCUGAAAUGCAGCAGUUUAGAGCUCAAUGGUGUCCAUUUGGCGAAUUCACAGGAGUUGGAUCAUCAUAUGAGGAAGUCGAAUCUCCAUCAACUACAUCUCCGAGAUCUUCUAAUGGUGAGCUUGAUGCUGCGACUAGACCCAGCUCUUUUCGACAUCCUUCUCCAUUUGAGCAUGGUUCUAGAGGCGGGAGUUCGGUUGUCUCUUCAGUUUUUCAUCGUCAUCCAGGCAGUGGUGCUCAUAUCCAUGAAGGAAUCUGGCCAUCUCUUGCCUAUCAUAGACAACAACAUCGUUUCCAUCAACAGCACUUCAACCAACCUGGAGUGCCUGCUCCCGUAGUUCCUGGUAUAAGAGGUAUGAACCCAAUGACCCUAGCAGUCCCACAACCUGAUCAAACUGAGGGCUACUAUGUCUAUCCUCGAUCGAGUUCAUCAGGACAGAACCCACAGGAAGCAGAAAGCUCAUACCCAAAUAAUUACCAUGCUUUGGAAAGAGAGCGUUUGCCUCAUUUCGGAACUGUUACAAGAGUAAGCGGUUGGGGAGGAUAUUUUCCUACAUCUAGCUCUGGUUCUGGCAACCGGUCUGUGACCGACCUUUAGAUUGGUUGGAAACGCUUAUCAAUUGGUUGUUUUCAAACGAUUGACUGGCAUGAAAAGUAAACUACAAGAAACUAUGGUAGAAUUUGGCCGUGAGCCACGCCUUCCAUGUGGUAUUUCAACUGAAGCUUUUAAUUCAUUUUCUGCUUAGGUACUGAUGUAACGAUCUACCUCUUCCCUAUGUUGUUUACUCGGUGGAUGAGAAAGAAGAUCUUACAAUGCACAUCGGAUGUUAGAAAAUAGUGUAAAUCAUGUAUCUAGCCACUCAACUAUUUUUGUGGUUUCGGUGUGGUCA